UGUGUGUGUGUGUGUGUGUGUGUGUGUUGUCAUUAUUAUUAUCCAGUCUGCUCCCAGCUCAGAAUGGCCAGAUUCACUCAGACUGAGACAAGAAGGGAGCAGCACCCACAGCCGCCCCAUCCCGUUUACUCCAGUCUGCUUUUCACUGGACCCGUGGCAGCACCGACCCAACAUCCACUCCUCCUAAUCCCGCACCAGCACCAGUACGCUCAGAUCCCAUUUCCUAAACCCAUGAACGGGUCAGAAUCCAUCUCCAUUCAUCCGGAGAACGGCACCAUGAAAGACCAAGAUGCCAUAAAACUCUUUAUCGGGCAAAUACCGCGGAACCUUGAAGAAAAAGACCUGAAACCAUUGUUCGAACAGUUUGGGAAAAUCCACGAAUUGACAGUAUUAAAGGACCGAUACACCGGCAUGCACAAAGGCUGCGCGUUCCUCACCUACUGCGCCCGCGAGUCGGCCAUCAAAGCCCAGAACGCCCUCCACGAACAGAAGACACUGCCGGGGAUGACUCGCCCCAUCCAGGUGAAGCCAGCUGACAGUGAGAGCCGUGGAGAAGACAGGAAGCUGUUCGUCGGGAUGCUAAACAAACAGCAGACGGAGGAGGACGUGUACCGUCUUUUCGAGCCCUAUGGAGUCAUCGAGGAGUGCACUGUGCUAAGAGGUCCGGAUGGAAAUAGUAAAGGCUGCGCCUUUGUAAAGUUCUCCACACAUGCCGAAGCUCAGUCCGCAAUCAGCGCCUUGCACGGCAGUCAAACCAUGCCAACUGGCUCCGAUUCUCUCCUCCCUCAGGGUGCGUCGUCCAGCCUGGUGGUCAAGUUUGCCGACACGGACAAGGAGCGCACCAUCCGCCGCAUGCAGCAGAUGGUGGGCCAGUUUGGCAUCUUCAACCCUGCUAUCGCCCUGCCCUUCAGCACCUACAGCACCUACGCACACGCGCUGAUGCAGCAGCAGGCGGCCCUCAUGGCUGCCAGUCACGGAGGCUACCUGGCGCCCAGCAUGGCCUUUCCCACCACCCAGAUCCACCAGAUGGGGGCGCUCAAUAUCAACAGCCUGCCACCCACCACCAUGACCCCGGUGUCGGGUGAGUUUCAUCAGACGCUGGCAGGCCUCAGCUCACCACCUGCUAACAUCACCACAUCAGCCGUCCCCAGCAUUGUCACUCCUAUCGUCAACGGCUUUACCAGCAUCCCUCACCAACCCAACGGACACCCUGUGGUUGAGGCCAUGUACACCAACGGACUGCCCCCUUACUCCACCCAAAGCCCCACAGCUGCGGACACCCUACAACAGGCCUUCACCGGGGUGCAGCAAUAUACAGCCAUCUACCCAGCGGCCACACUGACCCCUAUUGGCCAAAGCUUGCCACAGCCACCGCAAGUCAUUCAACAGCAGCAGCAGAGAGAAGGAGAGGGACCAGAGGGCUGCAACCUCUUUAUCUACCAUCUACCGCAGGAAUUUGGCGACAACGAACUCAUGCAGAUGUUCCUCCCAUUUGGUACAGUCAUCUCCUCCAAGGUCUUCAUGGACAGAGCCACCAACCAGAGCAAAUGUUUUGGCUUCGUUAGCUUCGACAACCCAGCAAGUGCACAGGCUGCUAUCCAGGCCAUGAACGGCUUUCAGAUCGGCAUGAAGAGGUUGAAAGUGCAGUUAAAACGGCCGAAGGAUGCGAGCCGUCCGUACUGACAGGGCCCAACCCACACAGAAGUCUCAGCAACAGCACAGGAUUUGAAGAGUGAAAUCUCAAAAGGAAUUUAACUUUUUCUUUCAAAACAAACAAGAACAACAUGAAUGGAUUUUUUUGAAGACAUAUCAGCAUUUAUUUUACAAAGAUGUUCGGUAUAGAGGAGGCGGUAUUGCAGGUGAACCGGCACCCGUGGACAAACCACACUCAGCACAGCGCACGAAAGACAAGUGGAAGAUCUCUCUAAAGACAGAGAACUCAACAUGUCCUGUCUCUCGCUGAGCUUCGCACCGUCAGUCAAGCAACAAACAAA